UGUGUGUGUGUGUGUGUGUGUGUCGGAGGCGCCACGUCGGCAGCAGCUUCAGUCCGAGCAGAAGUUUUCCAGCUGCGACAGAAAGCAGCGGCAGAGUUUCAGCUGCAGCUCCGAGCGACGGAAAAAGCCGAGAAGCUGCUCGUCCGAGGCUCCGAGAGAAGCAGCAGCAGCAGCAGCAGCGCAGGGAACCAUGGUGAAGAAUGUGAACAGCGUGAGCGUGGAGCCUCAGCCUGGGACCAGCGUGGCCUCGGACGGGGAUGAACCCACCGACAACCAGUCCUUGGAGGACUCCGGCAAGGACCACGCGGUGGCUCCGCCCGGCAUGAUGUGGAGGGUCACCGGCGGCCUCUUCAACGUCACCAAGGGCGUGGUGGGCGGCGUGGUGGGCGCCGCGGUGGGGGGCGUGGCCUGGGUGGGCGGCAAGAGCCUGGAGAUCACCAAGACGGCGGUGACCACGGUGCCGUCGGUGGGCGUGGGGCUGGUGAAGGGCGGAGUCUCUGUCGUGGCCGGCGGCGUCUCCACGGUGGGCUCCACGGUCGUCAGCAAAGUGCCGUUCACAAUCAAGAGGAAGGACAAGGCGGAGUGAUGGAGAGCGCCACGACCACGACGACCGCGACCACGACGAUGACGAAUCGAGCCAACAGAGGUGCUGAUCUCUGACUCCACAGUGCCUUCAUCAGCUUCACACCUGAACUCUCACAGAACCACAGCAAGGCCUCCGAAACGCUUCCCGGAGGCCCAGCGUGGUGACUUCCUGUUGAAUAUUUACCCUGUUUACAGCCAGACUGAGCAUGCUCAGUGCUGCUCUUCACUCUCUUCAAUCUGCACACGUUUGGUGAAAUGUUUCUCAGUUCGAAUGCUAAUUUUUAGUCUCUUUUUUUUUUCCAUGUUAUUGAAGUAACGUCGAGGAAAUGUGUGUGUUGAGGAAAAUAAAAGCUUUGGGCGUCGGAACCUGCUUGAAGGCUGCAGACACGACCACCAGCUCUGGGCUCAGGUGUUUUCUCAGCUUCUCAUUGUGAAUUAUUCCGUUUUCAGUGUGUGUGAAUGGUUGAAACGCUGCAGCCGACCGACUGACUUUUAGAGAUGUGAGAGCGUUUGGAAAGUGACCGACGUGAGAGUGGAGGUGGAACUGGACCUCUGAUCAGAACACUGAGCUGUCGUUCAGCCGCUGCAGACGAAACUACGCAAAUGUCUUGUAUGUGCUGUUAUUUUUCAAUACUUCAAUAAAGUAGUUUGGAAGGUU